CUACAAAAUGACUACUGCUCUGCCUCGGCCGUAUUAGCCCUGUUGUAUCGUCUGAAACCGAGUCCACGGGAGAAAUACAGGGCUUAAAAUCACAACAAUUCGACACUGAGGUUUAUUUUCUCUGCUGACUGGUGUGGGGUCUGGGUCGCGCUCUUGUGAGGUUGCUACGAGGAGACCGAAGUGACAUUUCAUUCAUCCAUAACAACAAUGGCAGCACAGGAUUUCAAUUUCUUGCUCGCGACGGAUUCUUAUAAGAUCACACACUACAAACAGUAUCCUCCAAAUGUCAGCAAAAUCUACUCUUACUUUGAGUGCAGACGCAAGAAAGGCUCCCAGUUCAAUGAAGUGUUGUUCUUUGGUCUUCAGUAUCUGCUCAAGAAAUACCUCAUAGGCCCAGUGGUCACAGAGGAGAAGAUUCAGGAAGCCAAGCUCUUCUACCAGAUGCACUUCAAACAGGCUGUGUUUGAUGAGGAAAGCUGGAGGAAAAUCCUCGAGAAACAUGAUGGCCGUCUCCCUAUCCGGAUCAAAGCUGUCCCUGAGGGAAGGAUUAUACCGAGAGGAAACGUGCUCUUCACUGUGGAAAACACAGAUCCCAGCUUCUACUGGCUCACCAACUACAUUGAGACCAUGCUGGUCCAGAUGUGGUAUCCCAUCACAGUCGCCACCAUAUCCAGGGAGUUUAAGAAGAUCCUGGCCAAGCACCUCAGGGCCACCUCGGGCAGCCUGGAAGGCCUGGACCUCAAACUGCAUGACUUUGGCUAUAGAGGAGUCUCCUCACAGGAGUCUGCAGCAUUAGGUGGAGCAGCUCACCUGGUUAAUUUCUGCAGUACAGACACAGUAGCUGGGCUGCUAAUGGCUCAGAGAUACUACGGCUGCCCGAUGGCUGGCUUCUCCAUUCCAGCAGCAGAGCACAGCACCAUCAUCUCCUGGGGGAGGAGCAGGGAGAAGGAGGCGUUUGAGCGAGUCCUUGAUCAAUUCUCCUCGGGGCCAGUGUCAGUGGUCAGUGACAGCUACGACAUCUUUAACGCCUGUAAACACAUCUGGGGAGACAAGCUGAAGGAGAGAGUGAUGGAGCGCAGCCAGGACUCGUGCCUCGUCAUCCGUCCGGACUCUGGAGACCCCGCGGAGACUCUUAUUGAGGUCCUCAAGAUUUUGGAGGAGUGUUUUAGCUGUUCUCUGAACUCUGUGGGAUUCAAGGUUCUGCCCUCUUACCUGCGAAUUAUUCAAGGAGACGGUAUUGACCUCAGCUCAGUGGAGGAGAUUCUCCAGAAGCUGAGUGAUGAAGGCUGGAGCGCUGAGAACGUCUUCUUUGGUUGUGGCAGCGCUUUGCUUCAGAAACUCAACAGAGACACACUCAGCUGUGCUUUCAAGUGCAGCUAUGUGGAGACUAACGGCAAGGGGAUGGACGUGUACAAGCAGCCAGUGACCGACCCAUCCAAGGGGUCAAAGAGGGGUCGAUUAUCACUGAGGAGAAACUCUGACGGCUUCUUGGAGACAGUAGAGAGAGGAGCAGGCAAGCCUGAGGAGGACCUGCUGGUGACUGUGUUUGAGAACGGCACCUUGGUGCAGGACUACUCCCUGGAGGAGAUCAGGAAGAACGCUCGGCUGAGGGACGAGGAGGUGAACCCCACCCUGCACAACCACGAUCAGGAGCUGCUGCACAAUCAUAUCAUCAAUGGGAUUCAUUAGAUCGGCCACAAAGCCUUUCACUAUGCACACAAUGCCAUCACACUCUAAACUCAACAUGUUGAGGAGAGUGAAUAAGCUGGUUCUCACAAGACACUAACAUCUACUAUAGCAAAAUAUAAGUAUUAUUGAUUACAGUAAUCAUCAGGUAUGGGUCACACUUGCUAAUGAUAGCCGAGUGCUUGAUAUACAAUAUUUAAUGAAAGGUCAGCCUCAUAUAUCAGCACAACAACACACUGCUGCAGCCCAACUUUUUGCCCUUUACUUUGUGCUUUGGAAACACAAGUCAUGUUCAUAACUGACAACAUCACACACAGCAGCAGUGCAAAAUAACCACAUUUUGCUGCACUGUCACUGUUUGGACAAAACAAAAUCAAUGAAGCCAAACCUGUUGUUUCCAUUUCCUGAUUUCCACAAAGCACACUAUGACACCACAGUGUUCAAUACUGAAUAAAUAAAAAAUAAAAAAAAAAAUCUGAAAUUAAAAAUCAUAUGAAUAAAUUGUGUAAAAUAUAUAGAUGACCUAAUAAUUUGUGGAAAAAAUAGAAGACAUUGUUAAAACCAACUCCUUUUUAUCAAAUAUUUCAUCAUUAGUUCUGAAUUUAAUGUAAGUUCAUUUUUAUUAAACUUUUUUAUGCCCUUUUUUAAACCGCAGUUUUUAUUUCAUAACCACAUGAUAAUGACAUCAUAGUCCGUUGUCAUGACGAUGGUCUUGUCAGCGCCCUCUCUCCUGUCAGCCAAUCACAAACCCCCCCCCACAAGCUCAACAACAUUUAGACACCCAGCUUCUCAAAUUGGAGUUGAGUAUCCCUAGGGGUACAUCGAUGAACUGCAGGAGGUACCUGAGAUUUAAGAAAAAAAAGGCCCAAAUACAUACACGCACAAACAAUGUCACAGCAGGGGGUCUCGAGCAGUCGAGAUCCCUGAGCAAACACACCACCAACUAGUCCACACGCCAUACCUGAUCCAUACGUGGACUUGAGCCUGUGAUUCUCCAGUUCACAAGUGCCCAGGGACUGAGUUACUGCCGACCCAAUUGAUGAGGCUCUUUUGAUACGAGACAGGGGUCAUGUGAUUGGCUGAAAGGCUUUACAGGAGCUGUGACAACAAUGUCAACUCACCUUUUGUAAAUUUGAUGGAUUAGUAGUGGUUUGAUCACAUGAUUUUGAAUAUUUUAGUUACUAACAUACACAUGAUUGAUUCAUUCAUUCAUUUUUUGAUGUUUGUGAUUUUAAUAUCAAGAAAUUUCAUCUGUGAAGUUUGAAACCAAAAGAAAAAUCGGUCAACUCAAAAUGCAGUCACAAUAUCAACAGCAUUUUAUUUCAAAAGUGAUUUGUAUUUAUUUAUUUUGUAUCCUUUGCUGUUUGGUACAAUGUUGAUUUUUGAUUAAUGAGUUAUUAAUGAUGCAGAUUAACCUGAGAAGACAGACCUGGACAUUAAACUGCCUUUACUAAA